GUCACCCAGCACCGCCCGGAGCUGCCGUGUGCCACCAGAGACGCCUGCCAGACUCCUGCUUUCGGUCUGUGACGUUCCAGUUCGGAGCCGCCCCCAGUCACACCCUGCCCGCGCCGCGAGAGUCACUCACGAUGCCUCACCAGUACCCGGCCCUCACCCCCGAGCAGAAGAAAGAGCUUUCGGACAUUGCCCACCGCAUCGUGGCCCCUGGCAAGGGCAUCCUCGCCGCCGAUGAGUCCACCGGCAGCAUCGCUAAGCGGCUGAGCUCCAUCGGCGCGGAGAACACCGAGGAGAACCGGCGCUUCUAUCGCCAGCUGCUGUUCACGGCCGACCAGCGGGUCAAUCCCUGCAUCGGGGGCGUCAUCCUCUUCCAUGAGACCAUGUACCAGAAGGCCGACGACGGCCACCCCUUCACCAAGGUCAUCAAGGACAAGGGCGGUGUGGUGGGCAUCAAGGUGGACAAAGGUGUCGUGCCCCUGGCUGGGACAAACGGAGAGACCACCACCCAGGGGCUGGACGGCCUGUCCGAGCGCUGUGCCCAGUACAAGAAGGAUGGGGCUGACUUCGCCAAGUGGCGCUGCGUGCUGAAGAUCUCCGAGCACACUCCCUCCCACCUGGCCAUCCUGGAGAACGCCAACGUCCUGGCGCGCUACGCCAGCAUCUGCCAGCAGAACGGGAUCGUGCCCAUUGUGGAGCCGGAAAUCCUGCCCGAUGGGGACCAUGACCUGAAGCGCUGCCAGUACGUCACCGAGAAGGUGCUGGCGGCGGUGUACAAGGCGCUGAGCGACCACCACGUCUACCUGGAGGGGACGCUGCUGAAACCCAACAUGGUGACGCCCGGCCACGCCUGCCCCAAGAAAUACAGCGCCGAGGAGAUCGCCAUGGCGACCGUCACCGCGCUGCGCCGCACCGUGCCGCCCGCGGUGCCCGGCAUCACCUUCCUGUCCGGCGGGCAGAGCGAGGAGGAGGCUUCGCUCAACCUCAACGCCAUCAACAAGUGCCCCCUGCACAAGCCCUGGGCCCUCACGUUCUCCUACGGCCGCGCCCUGCAGGCCUCCGCCCUCAGGGCCUGGGCGGGCAAGAGGGAGAACGCCAAGGCCGCCCAGGAGGAGUACGUCAAACGGGCCCUGGCUAACAGCCUUGCCUGCCAGGGGAAAUACACCCCAAGUGGCCAGAGCGGAGCCGCUGCCAGUGAGUCUCUCUUCGUCUCCAACCACGCCUACUAAACGUGGGGUGCCCCCCGCCCCCCGCCGCCUGCCCCCACCCUGC